CCAGAAGCUCGCAGGCUCGUCGCUCUUCCUUCAACUACUGAGGAUUCAGAAGCACUCGGGACGAAGACCCUGUCACUGGAGCUGAGAUGGCAAUGAGCAGCAUUCUCAACGCUGAUGACAUCAAGAAAGCUCUCGAUGCAUUUGCAGCUGGCUCUUUUGACCAUAAUAAGUUUUUCGAGAUGGUGGGUCUGAAGGCCAAGUCUUUUGACGAAGUGAAGAAGGUCUUCCUGGUGCUGGAUGCCGACAACAGCGGCUUCAUAGAGGAGGAGGAGCUCAAAUUCGUCCUGAAGGGCUUCGCCAAAGAUGGCCGGGACCUGACAGACAAGGAAACCAAAGAAUUUCUAAGAGCAGCCGACAAGGAUGGUGACGGCAAGAUUGGAGUCGAUGAGUUUGCUGCCCUGGUGAAAGAAUAG